AUGACUACUUUAGCUGAGAAUAAAAAGGCAAUACCAACAAUAAAGGGCGACACCAUUGGACCAUGGAAACUCGGUGAAACAUUAGGUCUCGGAAGCACAGGUAAAGUACAAUUGGCGUUCAAUGAAACAACAAACCAACAAGCUGCCAUUAAGAUAAUAUCCAAAUCCAUAUUCAACACCAAACCAAACUCCAAUGAAACUUCCAUGGUGGCCAAUACACCAGACUCAUUACCAUACGGUAUUGAACGCGAAAUUAUUAUAAUGAAGUUACUCAGACAUGCCAACGUUUUGAGCUUGUACGACGUAUGGGAAACUAAUUCAAACUUGUAUAUGAUCUUGGAAUACGCUGAAAAGGGAGAAUUGUUCAAUUUAUUGGUUGAAAAGGGUCCCCUACCUGAAAAGGAAGCUGUUAGAUUCUUUAGACAAAUUAUUAUCGGUAUCUCCUACUGUCAUGCCCUAGGUAUUGUACACAGAGAUUUGAAACCAGAGAAUUUGUUGCUAGAUCACAAGUUCAAUAUCAAGAUUGCUGAUUUUGGUAUGGCUGCAUUGGAAACUGAAGACAAACUAUUAGAAACAUCAUGCGGUUCACCUCAUUAUGCAGCGCCGGAGAUUGUAUCCGGGAUCCCAUACCAUGGGUUUGAAAGUGAUGUUUGGUCAUGUGGUGUCAUAUUAUUUGCCCUCUUAACAGGUAGAUUACCAUUUGACGAAGAAGAUGGGAACAUUAGAAAUCUUUUAUUAAAAGUGCAAAGUGGACAAUUUGAAAUGCCCGACGAUGAUGAAAUGUCAAGGGAUGCACAAGAUUUGAUUUCAAGAAUAUUAACUGUGGACCCAACCAAGAGAAUCAAAACAAGAGAAAUAUUGAAACAUCCAUUAUUACAAAAAUAUCCAAGUAUUAAAGAUUCUAAGAGUAUUAAAAAUUUGCCCAGAGAAGACACUUAUUUAUUCCCAUUAUCAGAUAAUAACUCUGUCAUAGAUCCAUCUAUUUUGCAAAAUUUAGUGGUCUUAUGGCAUGGUAGAGAUAAAGAACAAAUUGCUGCUAAAUUAAAGGAAUCCGGUGCCAAUGCAGAAAAGACGAUAUAUGCAUUAUUGUAUAGGUUUAAAAUUGAAGCUGAAAAUCUAUCUGCCAAGCAAGAACAAGUAAAGAGAAAGCAAUCUAUAAUAAAGAAAUCCACAGCAAAUGUUUCGACACCUCCAAGAAAGAAAAAUAGAAUUUCAACAAUGAGUGUUUCCUCAUCACGAAAGAGACCUGUGUCAUUUAACAGAUUACCUACAAUAUCCAAUGGUAAAACAAAUAAUAUCAUUCCAAAUGGCCGUAAUGGGGACUCCAAUAAUACCACUCCCAAAUCAAACAAGAGACUUUCCAUAAAUUUGUCUUCUAAUAAAAGAUUGUCAAACUUGUUAGUGCAAGGACAUAGUAAUGGUAACAGUAAUUCUCCCACCCCAUCACGUUCCAAAAGGAUAUCACUUAUAAACUUGGACAACUCCACGGCUCCACCAAUUCCUGUAAAUGUACUAAAGGAUUACAAAAAUAAAUCUUCCUCCUCGAAAAAUAAGAGAGCUAGUAAGAGACUAACAUUCCUUGGUAAUGGUAAACGUGGAUCUAUCACGACUAAGCUAUUGUCAACUUAUGCCAAACUAUCAGAAGACGAUAACUGGGAGUAUAUUGAAAAGGAAACGAAAAGAACAAGUUCAGAUUUUGCCACAUUGAUUGAUGAAAUAUUUGAGCAUGAAAAAUAUGAACAAAUAAGGAAAGAAAAGGAAGAAUUAGCACGUAAAGUGAGAGAAGCUAAGGAAGGUGAAGCAAGAGAAAGGAGGGAACAGGAAUCUGAAAAGCAAAGAAAGCAAAGAGAACGUGAAGAACUUGAAAGACAACAAUUAGAAUUACAAAAUCACAUUGAUCAAGAAAUAUCAAAUUUGAAAGCUGAUUUAGCUAACGAAACAAAAGGUGCUGAACCUUACGAAAACCCAAGAUCUGUUUCUGCUCCAUUGGAAAGAGAGAAUCCUGAAGCCAUUGAAAGAGAUAUUAAUGACUUGUUUGCUCGUCGUAAUGUCUCAUUACAAACAAGACCUAAAUCGAGGUUGGAUCCUGGUAUACUAUACUCAGCUCCUGCAGAGACUGUUUCUAACCCAUUAUUAUCGGAUAUUGAUCAAGAGAUUGACCGAGAAAAGAAGAUUUUGGAAACUAUUAGAAGGUCUAGAUUUUUAGGUUCUUCAUACAAUAUUAACAAAGAAUUGGAAUUUGCCAAGAAAACAGCACUAGCGGAAACAUCCAAGAAGGAAAAAAGAUCAAAAGUUACAUCUCAAAAUAUAGUAGCUGAUAAGGCAGCCAUUGGUGUUAUUCCACUGAAUGAUACUGAGGCUGGAUUGAGAAAGAUUUCCGAAAUUAAAGUGCCUCAAUUCACAAGAAAAUCAAGACAUUUCAGUAAUUCCAACAGACGACUUUCAGUUUUAUCAAUGUAUUCUACCAAGCAAUCAUAUACUAAUUUGGGUGAUAUUCUAAAAGAAGGUGGUGUCAAUCUAGCUUCUGAAGCUAACAAUACUACUACUAGUAAGGCAUCCACAGAACCUGAAUUCCAAUUUGAAUCUGUGAAUGAGGGAACAGCAAAUAAACUAUAUGAAUUGCAAGAGGAACCAGAAUAUACUGAUGUUAAUAAGGAGGACGGGAAACCGAAGAAGAAUGUUAAACUACCUACGUUGCCUCCUCUUCAUGAAAAAACUAAUCAAGCUAAUGGUUUAGCAAUUUAUCAAUCAUCGAGUGACGAUGAUAAAAAACCAACUGAGCCACAACCUAAGUCACAGUCCAUGAUACCUGAAAGGCAAGAUUCCAUUAACAACUCUGCUUCCGUUAAGAAGACUCCCGUCGUUGAACCAGAAUCACAAGCAACGAAAAAGAUAAAUAAGCCCAAGCAAAGACAGCCUAAGAAGGAAGAAGAAAGGAAACCAUUAAAUGAAAUGCCACCAAAUGUGGAGAAGAAGAGAAACGUCUCCUUUUUCAGAAAAUUCUCUAAAUCAUCUGCAGUCUCCACUCUUACGAAGAAUGGAUUCGAUUACGAAGUGUACGUUAACGUUUCUGCUCCACAACUAUACAAGGGUUUGCUAAGGUUAUUGCAAGGUUGGUCCAAAUACGGUCUAAAGGACGUCAAGAGUCAAUCGAAUUACAUGAAGCUCACAGGGAAGCUAUCCAACGAUAACAUUCUAUCAUUGAGGUCGACUGUUUUCGAGAUGAUUGUCGAAUCAAAGGGCAAACAGAGCGUUGUAGGGUUCAACAAGAUAUCAGGUUCCUCCAAGACGGUGAGGAGGCUGUUUGUUGAGAUAGAGAAGGUGCUCCGUCAAGAGGGUGUGCUAUCCGCUUGA